ACGCAACAGUCAGUCAGCAGAUAGGGGAAGUAGCCAGGAGAAGGCAGGCAUUUUCAGUCACACAUAUACUGACGCAAACAGAAAUACAUUCACACUUUGGAUUGUGAGCUGUCACCAUACGUGAACGUUUCGGACAUUUUGGCUCUACUACUAUGGACAAGUCGUCAGAUGUGAAAGCCAUCAUGGCUCGUUUCCAGACUGGAGGUGCAUCUGUGGAUGGCAGUCCGGGGGUUCGUCCCAAACCUCCUGUUCAGCCCACCUUGUCCUCAGGCCCAACCGUGGCUGCUAAAAAGCCUGUUCUUGAAUCCACCCUCUCUGGUGGAGGUCCUACUACCUCAUCUGCACCCAAACCUAACUUUUUAAUAAAGAACACAGUCAACACAGCUAAAAGCGCUCCGGACGUGCACAAUCCUCCGAAGCCUAAAGCUCUUGUUGGUAGGUUCGAAAACGCACAGGAGAAUAAUAAACCCAACUUUAAGGUUCCCGUAAAACCCAAACCACCAGAAUCAACCCAGGACGCUGAGCCGAAGGCUCCUUUUCCAAAGACGCAACUACCGAAGCCUUCACCAACCGGCAUAGUGAACGAUUUAAAAACCAUAAGUCCAAAGCCAGUGACUCCUACAGCAAAGCCACCCUGGGUCACACCCAAAGCUGAAGACAACAGCAGUAGCCCUACUCCCACCCCUCCGAAAAUGCCAUCUGCGCCUAAACCGAAAAGCACAAUGGCUUUGAUACGGCAGCAGCAAGAGGAGGACGGUAAUGCAGAGCCUGCUGUUAGAUCCUCUUCGAUAUCUAAUAUGAAACCAUCAAGCUUCCGGGUUAAAAAUAAUUUCAACAAACCCGAGGAAGGCGUUAAAGAGGCUGCUAAAGCGUUUGGCACAAAUGAGUCAGUACCAAAGCCAGUGACCUCUCAAAAACCAAACUUUCAAAAAAAAACUACUGGACCCCCUGCACAAACAGUCAGCGAUGACCCUUCGGCUCCAAAGAAGAAACCUUUACCCAACACCUAUGCCCUGGGAAGCCGCCCUGCUAAACCCAACAGGCCGCCCAAAGUUGACAUUGAGAAAUUCAAAAAGGGCACAGUGGCUCCAACUGAGGUUCCUGCACCGAAGAAUGUGAUCCCCCCUCCUCCACCGGCUUCCCACCCCAGUAACCAACCUCCCCCUCCGUCGUCCUCUCAACCCAAUCCUCCCAGUCUGCCCCCACGACCUUCAGGACCUAUAAUUCAAGAUGAAAAUUAUGAUGACGUGGAGUGCUUAAGGGGGUCAUCUGCAGGUCAGCAAAAUGAGGGAAGUGGAAGUGAUGGUGAGAUAUAUGAGGAUCUUGAUGAUAGUAGAUCUGCUGCCGAGUCAAGUCAACCUCAAAAGAAGCAAGAGAAAGAACAAGAUAUUAAAAAUCAAAAAGAGCGGGAGAAAAAAGAAAAAGAUGCCAUUAAAAAGUUUAAAUUAACACCUCCGCUGCGGGUUAUGCAUCAGGUCAAAGCUAAAGCUGACUGCAAGGGUGGAAAAACUGACCUUUGUAUGAAGAAGGGUGAAUCGAUUGAUAUCAUUCGAAUUAAUGACAACCCAGAAGGCAAAUGGUUGGCCAGGGGUCAAGAUGGAUCAUUUGGGUUUGUUAAAACGGAUAUGGUUGAGAUCAACUUCAGUGCACUGAAGAAUCAAGGCAUGUCUCUUCCCUCUAUACCUGUAAAUGACGAGGUGUACGAUGAUGUGGGCUCUACGGAUGAUCACGGAAACAUGAAUGGUCAACGGGUUGUUUUACCCCCACCACCAGACGAUGUGUAUGAUGAUAUACCAGAUUCCAAUCCAAUCAGCUCAGCAGAUCUCUCAAAGUCUUUCUCAAAACGCAACUUCUUGGAGAUGCUCAAAAGCUCAGUUGAACGAAGAAAAACUACAGUCCACAAUAAUGACAUUCCUCCUCCUCCACAGUUUACUCCUGAAGGCAAUAAAGGUAAAAAUAACAUUCCAGACGGUGAUGGUGAAAUAUACGAUGAUGUUGAUUCCUUCCCUGCCCCGCCACCUACUAGCAGCAUUCCUCAAACGAAGUCAAAGGCCACCAAAGUGCAUGAGGACCCGAAAAAGCAAAAAAAGUUUGAGAAGGAAGAAAAGGAGUUUAGAAAGAAGUUUAAGUAUGAUGGAGAGAUUCAAGUUCUUCAGCAAGCAACAAUUGCGAUCAGUAAGAAGGGAGGUGGGAAAGACCUGGCUGUGCAGGCUGGAGAGACCGUAGACGUCAUCAACAAAUCUGACCCAGACAAAUACAUCUGUAGGAACAAGGAAGGCAAAUUUGGCUACGUCUUAAGCAGCAACAUCCAAGAAGAUGAGGAAGUCUAUGAUGACAUUGGAGAUGACUGUAUCUAUGAUAAUGACUGAGGAUUUCUCCAGCAAUUCAUCUGAACUUGCACCUUUUUUCUGGCCCUAUUUGUUUUCUUAAUAGUUGAUAUUGUAUGUAUUUAUUAUAUAAAAACAUGUGCAUUUGGAGUAUUUGAUAAACAGAACAACUUACGUGUCAUCAUAAUGUCAUAGCUGUUGAAAUUGUCACCUUGGUUCAGAUCUCACGAGAAUUAGAGUUGGCCAAUUCGUAUGAAUUCAUACGAAGUUAAUCGUGCAAGAAUGUACGACUCUCAUGGAAAAAACGAAAUCCUAACCCCGCCCCUAACCCCAACGUCACGGGGUGAAAGCAAAUCGUACCAAAACUUACGAAAGUGGUCCUAUGAAUUAAUACGAAUUAGCCAACUUCCAUUAAUCCACUUCAUGAGUUUUGUUUCCGCCAAAUAAACCAUUUGAUGAGGGUUGUUUCAUAUUCAUAUUUCCUGUAAUAAUUUGGAGAAAGUUAAGCUGCAACUAAUCUCGAUGCACAUUUAUACAUUUCUGUAUGUAUGUAGCUGAAUGUAAGGCAGUAUUGUGUAACCAGCUUAUUUUCAUUUGCUUGUCACGGUUUUGUAUAUAUUAAAUAGACAAUUGCAUUGUUCAUUAUAGGCUACUUGCUAACAAAUGUAAAUUGCUUGGUUUUCAUUACUUGCUAAUAAAUGUAUAAAGUUGUUUUACCUAC